AUGGCAAAAAGGCCUUUGAGUAAGUACGUGAGUGUGGAAGCGUCUGAGGACGACUCUGAGCAGAGCAGCGAGGAUAUAGAUGACAUCCAGGAGGCUGCUAUUCCCACAAGGAAUUGGAAGAACAUUGCAAGGGAAUUGGAGGAAAAGUAUGCAGACGUUCCUGACGAGGAAGACAGUGAUGAGGAAGAUACUGUGGAGCAUGGAAUAAGACAAGCAAGUUUAGUGCCAAGAAGUACGUCUCCUAGGCUGUUUAUUGUGCGAGUAAAGCGAGGUGCUGAGAAGGAUGUGCUGAUGAAGAUUGUGGAGAAUGAGCCAAAGAAUGUGUUUGGUGUAGUGUGCAAGGACGGGCUCAAGGGAUAUAUUUAUAUUGAAGCUUUUCAGAAGCAGCACGUGAUUGAUGCGUUAGGAUCGAUCCGAGGAGUCAGUCGUACAAAAAUAUCCGUCGUUCCUCAGAAGGAGAUGAUUGAAGCAAUGACGUAUUGUAAGCCCGAGGCAUACGGAGAGUGGGGCAGGAUAACAAAGGGUAGGUAUAAGGGCGAUUUGGUGAAAGUAAUUGGUGUAGAUGGCGACAUGGUAAGAAUCAGGGCGCUUCCGAGGAUUGAAGGAGAGAGGAAGCUUUUCAAGCCUGAAGAUUUCAAAAGCCAAGAAGUUAUUAGGUCGAACGGAUACUACAUCUACAAAAGAGACACAUACUCGGAUGGGUUUUUGGAAAAGGAUGUGCUGAGAAGCACAAUUGAUUUUGGAGCGGAGCCAACACUUGAAGAGCUUGAGAUGUUCCUAGUGCCUUGCACUGUUUCUGUAGGAGACAGAGUUAGGGUUUGCAGGGGAGAGCUACUUGGCAUGAAAGGUGUUAUCAAGAGCAUCAACGGCAGGAUUGCAACUAUUGAAGGGGAUAAAGGAAGAUUUGAAAUGGAAAGCUCUGAUGUUUGCAAGCACUUUGAGGUUGGAGAAACUGUUUCAUACAAAGGAGAGAAUGGAAUCGUUGUAAAUAUAAAUGAUAAACAGUGUGUAGUUGCCAUGCACGACUUUACUGAUGAAGUCAAUGUAAGCAUCGACGACUUGAAGAUGGCAGUGGCAGAAGGAAGUAGAGCAGCUGGAAAGGUCGGACCAAUAGAACGAAAAAGAGUAAAGAGAGAUCCUCUGAUUAAUAAGGAAGUGCAGGUGCAGGUUGGGGAAUACAAGGGGCAUGUGGGAUUGGUUAAGGAUAUAGAUAGAAACAUAUGCAGGAUACAGCUAAAUUCCAACAUGAGGUUUGUAAAUGUCGAAAGAUGCCAUGUGAUUGUUUUGGACUACCAAGCAUCUGCAAAGCCAUCAAAAUAUAACGAGCCAAGUGCCUUUGCAACACCAGGAUACAAAACACCCGGAUAUAGAACGCCAGGGUAUAAGACGCCAAGCAUAACCGCCGAUGAUGUCGGAAUCGAGUGGUUAAAUGAAGAUGAUAAGCCAUACAAAGGAGCACUGAUAAAUGUUCUUGGAAAGGAAGUUGUUAUUGAGGACUAUCAAAACGAUUUAUUCAUUACCAAGGACGGAAUGUUUGCGAACGAAGAUGUUGCAUUCGUUCAGCCUCAGAAAAAUGAUCUUGUCUGUAUACUUGAUGGUGAGAGAAAAGGCAUCACCGGAAUUCUCAUAGCUGUAAAUGGAGACUCGGCAAUCAUAAGAUCAGCUGGCGGGCCUGUAAUACACAUUCCGAUGAGUUGCAUAUCAAGAAAGAUGUACUAG